AUGCGCCGGGCCCAGGCGUUCCGUUCGGAUUUUGCUGUGGAUAAGGGCGAGGGCGUCGGCAACGCCGAGGCGCGCGCAGCCACCCGUCUGAAAAACAUAAACUUGACGAAGCUGCACGCCUCAUACGAGCGGUAUAUCAGAACAGUCCCCCGUCAUUUGCGUUCGCCAGCUUUGCGUCAGUCGUGGCAUCCAGUUACCCCUGACCACCGUUCCAGGUCCAGCAUAUCGCAGUGGAACCGCGAGAUCGGCGCGUGGCGCCGUCGUGUGUAUUUGUGGAGCAACGUCGCCGACUCGCAGUGUGGGCAGUUGUCGGAAGCUGUAAGCAAGGGCGACGUCGAUGCGUUUUUGUCAAUCUGCGAAAGGCCCCCCGCACCGGACACUCCUGCAACCUACGCGCAGCUGGUGGACCCUGGCUGCACGGACGUAGCCUUGGCACCCGUGCUGUACAAGCCGAGCUGGUUCAAUGGCCAGUUGACUCACGCAGGGUUUCAGACGGUCGAGGAGUCCGAGUUCGUCGGGCGUGCAGGAAAGGUGUACGACUCUUCUGAAAACCCCGAGUUCCGCGCAUUCUACGUAGACUACAUCAAGUCGUACACUGACAGAGAGCCCCCUGUCGGAGGCGGCUAA